UCUCAAAAAUAUUUAUUAAAAAAAACCCACAAAAAAAAAAGGAGAAAAACCCACCCAGAAAAUAGACAAAAAAAAGAAACCUUUCUUUUUCAAGUUUUUCAAACCCUUCUUCUUCACUACUCUUAAAAGGGUUCAUUACAAAAGGAAAAUAGUGUUGUUUUGAUUUUUGUCACAAUGGUGAAUACAGAGACAGCAAGAACAGUGAUUGGCAUUAUAGGAAAUGUCAUAUCUUUUGGUUUAUUUAUGUCACCAAUCCCAACAUUUGUCAAAAUAAUAAAGCACAAGGCAGUGGAAGAUUUCAAGCCAGAUCCUUACUUGGCUACAAUUCUUAAUUGUGCUAUGUGGGUGUUCUAUGGAAUGCCUUUUGUUCAUCCCGAUAGCAUUCUCGUCGUUACUAUCAACGGUAUCGGUUUUUUCAUCGAAGCCGUGUACGUUUCCAUCUUCUUUAUCUACUCUCCAUGGGCCAAGAAAAAGAAGAUGAUGGUCAUUUUGUUGAUCGAAACUAUUUUCUUUGCUGUCGUCGUCGUUAUUACGCUUCUGGUUUUCCAUACCACCACAACUAGAACUUACUUUGUUGGCAUUUUAUGUAUUAUCUUCAACAUUGGAAUGUAUACUUCUCCAUUGACUGUCAUGCGACUAGUCAUCAAAACAAGGAGUGUGAAAUAUAUGCCAUUUACUCUCUCCCUUGCCAACUUUUGCAACGGUAUUGUAUGGGCCAUUUACGCUAUUCUCAAGUUCGAUCCUAACGUCUUGAUUCCAAACAGUUUGGGAGCACUUUCUGGGUUGAUACAAUUGAUUCUAUAUGCAACUUAUUAUAAAACUACAAAUUGGGACAGUGACGACUCAUCGCGCUCGAAGAGGCCAGAGGUGCAAAUGACAGAUAAUGUGUAGUCUUGGGAGAGGUUGAAUUGAAUACUUAGAUGAGGUCGACAUGUCGUGUCUAGCAAUUUCUUACCCCUCCUUUUGGAGCUUCAUUAUUGAAGGCUCAGCUAAAUAAAUUACUUGGUGUAAUUUUUUUUUCAUUCAUUGCAUCCACAUAAAUAGCUUUUUGUUUUGCUGUGUACUUCUAAUUCUUUUUCCCCCACACCAAAUUUGUUCUCUCUCAAUAUUCUUUUUGAAAUAUAGUCUUACUUCAUUU